AUGGAGGAGGGGCCUGCCCGUGUGCCUAGACCGCGGCGUCGUCGACUCUGGUUCUUGGUUCUGGCGCUGGCCGUGGUGCUCGUCUUGCCCACUGUCCGCCGUGCCACGUAUCUCUCAGUGGUUUGGACUCCGGCACUCCUUUCAGCACUCAUAUGGCCCAGCCCCACCGUGGUGGUGAACUCACUGCAAUUGAGUGGCCCGGUGUUCAUCAAACUUGCGCAGUGGCUAUCCACGAGACGGGACAUCCUCCCCAACGAUCUGUGUGAUGCCAUGGGCACGCUGCACGAGCAUGUGCCGAGCACACUGUCUCGUCAAGAUAUCCGCCACGCGGUCGCCGAGAUUCCGGGCCUGGAGGUCCAGGACCUUCUUGGCGGUGGUUGCGUCGCGCAAGUCUACAGCGGCCUGUUCGAAGGCCAGGAGGUGGCGGUGAAGGUGCGCCGCAGCGGCAUCGUGCCGCGACUGGAGGUGGACCUGCGGCUGCUGAAGCUGGCGGCGCAGGUGGUGAUGGGACUCAAGCCUUCAUUGAAGUGGAUGGCCCUGGACAAGGCUCUGGAGAACUUCAGCGUCUACAUGAUGCAGCAGGUGGACCUGCGGAAAGAGGCCGACCACAUGCGCCGCUUCACUGAGAACUUCAAGAAGCGCAAAAACAUCCAGGUGCCGAGGAUCUAUGCCAACACGGAGUCUGUCCUGGUCAUGGGCCAAGCGCCAGGAGUUUCGUUAUCUGACUUCAUCAAGGCGAACCAUAGUGUGGAAUUGCGCACAAGCGUCCACUAUGUGUUGACAGACAUGAUGGCCAAGAUGGGCCUGCAGGACAAGUUCUUGCACGGGGACUUGCAUCCGGGCAACUUGUUUAUUGACCUGCAAGGCCCUGAGCAGAAGCCAUUGGUGACCCUGAUUGACACCGGCAUCUCCAUUGGCAUGUCCCCGAACAUUUCAAGUUUCACGAAGGAUGCAAUGACGGCUGCCUUCCGCAGAGAUCCCCAAAAGCUCGGCUGGUCCGUGGUGACCUUGCAUCAGAAGGAAGGACUUGCCGGCUAUGGCGAGGGCCUUGAGGAUCUGGCACACGAUGUGGGCUACCUGCUGCUGGCUGGUUGCUUCAUGGUGGAUGAGAGCAUCUGGGCAGAGCGCUUCAAGUCCUUUGAGGACUACAAUGGCACCAAAGUGAGCGAGUACUUUACAAUGUUAAUGGGGGACUUGAGCAAGCACAAGGUCCGGGUUUCCCCGGACCUGUGGUCGAUUAUGACCGCCUUUGCGCUGAUUGAAGGCAGUAUCUCAGAGCUGGGCUUUGGCGUGAAUGUCCUGGGCGCUUGCAUCCCUUAUAUCAUGAACCCCUUGAAUGUGAUUGAUUGGCGCAGGAGCUGGAAGACCCUGCACGAUUCGGACGAGAACAGUAGGAAAGCGGGACGAAAGUGA